CGGCUAACUUCUUAGCCACAGAGACGCGGUACCAGUAUGCGCGUUGUGUGCAGCCGUCCUACCACAAAAACCGGCCGAUUAUCGCCGUUGGAUUGGGAGAUGGAAAAGUUGGCAUUUGCGAUUUUCAUGAAACUGUCGACAAUAGCUGGGAAUUUACACCACGCCAGCAACCCAUGUGCUUUUGUCUAGCCUGGAAUGAGUUUGACCACAAUGUAUUGGCCAUAGGACAUGAUCGUCAUCGCUCCGAUUCAUGUAUUGCAAUUUGGGAAAUAGAACGUGGUGUCCCCAAAGAUGCAGUAAGUUUCUUUGGACACUCGGAGUCUGCCCACUAUCAUUUACAACUUAGUUGGUGUCCAACGCGAUCCAGCUUACUUACCUCGCUACAACGUGAAUCUCCCUUCAUCACCCUCUAUGAUUUACGCAGCGUGGACGCAGAAAGCAGUCGAGAGGUGUACCAUGUGAAGCGACAGCUGCAGCCAUUCCAAGCUAAGUACUAUGCUUCAAACAAACCGCCGACACUCACCUAUAUCUCCUGGCACAACACGGAUUAUGAGCGCGCUUUGCUGCUUUCGGUGGAAGGGACCAUUUUGGAAAUUCGUUUACCGCUUUCUCUGCUCAGCAUUAGCAAUCAUAAAAAAAUACCGCUCCUGCCACAGCGUCCGCUAGCCAUUGCAAGCACUCCAACACGUCAAAAUAGCAGCCAAAGCACUUCAUCUAUUAUAUCUACAUUCACACUCAAUUCGGCGCUUAAUUUCGAGAUUCUUGACCAAAUCUUAUCCAAAGAAGAAUUGGUUGAAGAAACCUAUCAGCGUGCUCUUAGUGAUUAUGGUUUGAAGACAGAUAGGCAUGUCGACGGGUUGCCUUUGACACCAUAUUUGAAAAGUGUUUGGCUAACUUUGAGUAAUUUGUAUAGGGAAGAACGCUUAACGGGUUUGAAAACCAUCUUGGGCAUUAGUUUAGGUCACGCAUCAGAGGCGUUGAUGGCCUCAUCGCGUAUUGAAUCGCGUGUAUUGCAAUGGCCAGAUUUCAUAAAUUCCAAUAAUUUGGUGUGCUACAGAAGUGAACAACGCGAUGUGGCGCUGAAACUCUGCGGCUGGGUGUUCGAACAGGACUUGGAGCGCAUCGUAAACGGGCUAUGUGACAACAAGGAGUUCAGCCGCGCUGCCAUGAUUUGCGUAUUUCAUCUAAAAAUCGUUUUUGUUUGCGACAUACUCUCAAAAGCUGCAGAUCUCUCACGCAACUCGAAGGAUCCUCACGAUGCCAGCAUGUUUCGCAUUGCCGCUAUUGCCCUAUCCAGCUUUAAUGCAGAUCGUUGCAACUCGACUUGGCGUAACCAACGCUCAUAUGCCAAUAAACAAAUACAGGAUGCACAUUUGCGUGCCAUAUUCUCAUUCUUCACCACCGAGAAUGAUAACUUCGAUGCGGUGCUGACUAUCAAUUAUUUCCAUCGCGAACAUUUCGCAGAUAAUCGCAUACAAUAUUGGAUUAGCAGUUAUUUAGAUGUUCUAAACUCGUGGGGCCUUUGGGAGAAACGCACCGGUACACGCACCACGCGCAGUGUUUUUCUCUCGUGUAACUUUUGUGGCAAAUCAGUGACGAGUGCUUUGCAGGAGGAUGCGCGCAUGCCCAGUGCAUCUUCGAAUGUGAAUAAACUUUCCUCCUGCCCUAGUUGCCGCAAACCACUACCGCGUUGCUCUCUAUGCUUGCUACACAUGGGCACUACGCUGAAUAUUUCGCUACCCAGCGAUGCGACCCACGAAAGUUUGGGUUGGCAGUCGAAACCGUUUUCGAAGUGGUUCUCCUGGUGUCAGACAUGUCGACAUGGCGGCCAUACCGAACACAUGAUGCAGUGGUUUAAACAAAAUUCUGAAUGCCCUGUUAGCUCCUGCACUUGCCGAUGCUUUGACUUGGACGGCACCGUGCCCAAUGACUUACCCGACUAUUAAUAGCUUUAAUAGGUUAAAACUUUAGCAACAUGACAGCAAUUAUCUACUCGUUAAUUGGGCUAUGUAAUCCUUAAUUAGAUGUAAGUUUAUACGAAAAUUAAAAGAAAAAUCAAGAAUAUUUGUGCUGUGUGGAUAAAUGUAUAUUAAAAAAUGAGCUUCCUUUUCCAAAAGCUAUGGCUCAUAAUCGACUCUUCUCA